CUUUGCCAAGAAAGUACCUGUUGCCAGAAGGUAUAAAAGUCUGACUUCCCUGAGUACAGCAACCACCCUGGUGGCCUGAGGAGUCCACAACAGCUGGCAAGGAUGAAGCUGUUUGUCCCCUUUGCUGGGCUCCUGGCAUCACUGAUUUUGAUCCAAUCAACUGCAUCUGCACAGACCUUGACCCAACAAACUGUGUCUGUAGACAAUGAAAAUAGCAGCAGUGCAGAAGUCAUCCAUGAAGCCGUGAAUGAAGCCAAGAGCCAAGUUAACAAGGCCUUCCUGGCUGGCCGGAACAAGCUGAAGACCGUCCUGGAUAGCGUUCCCACUCCUGUCCAGCUGUCUAAAAUCUUCAAACAGGCCACAGGCCAGACUCGGGAAGUCUUGCGCAAGGCCCAGGUGUGGGAGGAGUGCCUCAAGAUUCUAGACGAGAAAGCACACAUGAACUUGGUGACCAGUAACAAUGUCACAGACCGCAGCCCGGAAUUGGUUAUGCUUUCUAAGGAGGUGGGCUGCAACGUGGUGACCCAAACAAUGAAGUGUGACUGGAACAGCAAAUACAGGACCAUUACCGGAGAGUGCAACAACAGAAAGAACCCGGCACUAGGCUCAUCAAACAGAGCAUUGGUACGAUGGCUACCUGCAGAAUAUGAAGAUGGGAUUUCUCAGCCUUAUGGGUGGACUCCUGGGAAGAAGAGGAAUGGCUUCCAUCUCCCAUUGGUACGAGAAGUGUCCAAUCAGAUAGCCAGCUAUCUAAAUGAGGAUGAUGAUUUUGACCCAUUCUGGUCACUGAUCCUCAUGCAGUGGGGACAGUGGGUGGACCAUGACCUCGACUUUGCUCCAGAAACCGAGCUGAUGGUUAGUGAGCACACCAAAGAGCAAUGUGAUGAACACUGCAUCCAAGAAGACAACUGUUUCCCCAUCAUGUUUCCACCUGGUGACCCCAAGUUGAAUAAGCAAGGACCUUGCAUGCCCUUCUUCCGGGCUGGAUUUGUCUGCCCUACAGACCCCUUCAGUUCAUUGGCCCGAGAGCAAAUCAAUUCCCUGACUUCCUUCCUGGAUGCCAGCAUGGUCUAUGGACCUGAACCACUCCUAGCCAACAAACUCCGAAACACAAGCUGCCCCCUGGGCCUGAUGGCAGUCAAUGAGGAAUACUCUGAUAAUGGAUUGGCCUUCCUACCCUUUGACUACAAGCUUCCCAGUCCCUGUAAAUUCAUCAAUGCCACUGCUGGAGUCCCCUGCUUCUUGGCUGGUGAUUCCCGGGCCAAUGAACAGACUAUGUUGGCAAUCUUCCACACCAUGUUUUUACGGGAGCACAACCGGUUGGCUAGAGAGCUGAAGAGGCUCAACCCCCAUUGGGAUGGAGAAAAAAUCUACCAGGAAGCCCGGAAAAUUGUGGGUGCAAUCACACAGGUUAUCACCUUUGAAAAUUACCUGCCUUUGGUGCUGGGGAAGGAGCUAGAGAAGGAGAUUCCCAAGUACAAAGGCUACGAUGAAUCAGUGGAUCCCAGCAUUGCCAAUGUCUUCACCAUGGCCUUUAGAUUCGGUCAUACUGAGGUCCCAUCUAUUAUCCACCGACUGGAUGAGCAUUAUGAGCCCUGGGGCUCUGAACCAGAGCUUCCCCUGAAUACUCUCUUUUUUAAUACCUGGAGGAUUAUAAAAGACGGUGGAAUUGACCCCUUUGUCCGUGGCAUGCUGGUCAGUCCCUCCAAGUUGUUGAAGCAAAAUAAAAUAAUGAGCAGUGAGUUGCGAGACAAGCUUUUCCAGCCAACUCACAAGAUCCACGGAUUUGACUUGGCCUCCAUCAACAUGCAGAGAGGGCGGGACCAUGGGCUGCCAGGGUACAAUGCCUGGAGACGCUUCUGUGGCCUCUCGCAGCCUAAGACGGUAGAAGAAUUGAGUAUUGUGUUGGGAAACAACCGGAAACUGGCUCAAAAGUUCAUGAAGCUGUAUGGGACCUCAGACAACAUUGACGUGUGGAUUGGAGCCGUUGCUGAGCCCUUAGUGCCAGGGGGCAGAGUUGGGCCCCUCCUGAGCUGUCUCCUGGGGAGGCAAUUCAGAAAGAUCAGAGAUGGAGACAGGUUCUUUUGGAAGAAACCUGGAGUAUUCACCCCACAGCAGCAAGCAGCCCUGAAAAAAGUCACCUUUUCUCUCCUGGUCUGUGAUAACACCCACAUCACAGAAGUCCCCAUCAAUGCAUUCAAGGCCAACAGAUACCCUGAGGACUUUGUGAACUGCUCAAAUAUUGAGAAGCUGGACCUUUCCCCCUGGGUCUCGAGGACAGAUUAAGGCAAUACCAACAAUGAGACAUCAAUCUUCUCAAGUUCAUCAAGCACCAUUAAGAAGGUGCCCCACCCUGUUCAUGGCACUAUUUCAGGGAAGUUAAACCUGACUCUUUUGAUUGGUAUUUGAGGCCCUACUGGGGCUAAUCUGGUCCUAAACUACCUUUCCAAUCUUUUCUCCCAGUAUUCCUAAAAUGGUGCCUCUGAUCCAGCUAAACUGGUUGACCCUGUUGAUGGAAUGUGCCUAACACAUCCUGUCCCUGUCCCCAAGCCUGUGCUCAUCGUGCCUCCUCCUGUCUUUUCUGCCUAUCAAAAUCCUGUUUGUCCUUCCAAGUCCAACCCAAGUCUAUUUCCUCAUGAAGCUUUUCCUGGCACUGCUAAUUGGCACUGAUCAAAGUCUCUCUUUCGUCACCUUUCCCUUUACUUGCUUGGGCAUCUUUCUGUACUUCUCUUAUCUCCCUGGAAAGACCAGGCACUCUUCUAGGGUAGGGAAAGGGGUCAAAUUCAUCCUUGUAUAGUAGUCACUCCAUAAAUAUUCCUUGACUGAUGGAUUGAUUGAAGCUGUGAUUUCAACAGUGCAAUUAUGCAUCACAGAAUGCAAAGGUCUCUGUAAUAAACUUAAUAAAGAGUGAAAUCCUCGCA